AUGUUAGAUGAAAGAAUGAUGCGAUAUGUAAAGCUUUCUAAAAGGCAUAAUCCCAUAUAUUCGUGUCCUCUGUAUAAUACCCAAGAAGAUUUGACAAUUUUAUCACAUUCAACGGCCAUAUUUCAAAAGUUUGAAACAGCAUUUAAAUCAUUUUUUUAUGAUAAUUCAUCACCACCUUCCAAUCUUCCAUUGAUCAAUUUUUCUGAAUUACAAGAGAUAUUUAAUAACCUAUCUAUAAUACAACGAGCUGAAAUUCAUACCAGAUUAAAAAAUACAUUCGAUCAAGUGGUCUUCGGUUUGAAAUCAAACUUGUCAAAGUAA